AUGCAGACCAUUAAGACAGUAGAGACCCAGGUGCCCUUCCUAAAAGAGAGUUUCUUUACCACCACUUUCAAAGGCAGGAGGAAGAGCAGCGUCACCAACAUCCUCCGCAAACAGCAGCACACACUCCACAAUCAGCAACAGCUACAACCGUGCAUUUUAGAGCAUCAACAGCAGCAGCAGCAUCCCCAACAGUUUCCUUCCCCUGCGGUUAAAAAUGGACAAGGACAGAGCACUUUAGAGCAUCAGCGCCUUACUCGCUCUAACAGCAGCCCGUUAUGCAAGACAGCCGAGCGUGCAGGAGCAGAUGGGGAUAGAAAGGAGGGGCAAAAAGAGAGGAAGGAUCAGAGAGUGAGCGAGUCAGAGCAGGGGAGGAGGGGGGUGAGUAGUAGUGAGCCCGGAGCUGUCAGUGCCAGUCUCCUCCUACUUUCAUCAUCAGCAUCAGUGGCACUGGGGGAGGCAGCAUCAUUCUCACAGCUGCCUCUAACUGUGGUGAGCAGACAGCAGGGAUUAGACGGCUCUGAAAGGGCUCUGACCGACAGAGGACCAUCAUCAGUCGCAGCCCCGGAGGAAGCCCAGCAUGCCCAGCAGUCUCGACCCCAGCAGUAUGGCCUGUUAGCCAAGGGUGUUCGCCUGUUCAGGAACAUGGGGAACCAGGAGGCAAAGCAGAAGAAAGGAGGAGGCAACGGUGGAGCGGGAGGAGAUGCGGCCUGUGACGGUGAUGCUGAUGAGAGGGAAGUGGAUAAGAAAUCCAAAAAGUCUCACAGUAAGACGAGCAAAGGAGGAGGAGAAAACAGCAGCAAGAAGUCCAAAGGUUCUGUAUUUUCUGGCAUGAAGAUCAGGAAGAGUUUAUCGAAGGCCAAAGGGUUGUCCAAAGAUGAAAUACUCGAAGAUGGCAGGUCAGGAAACUCGGGCAAACCAGGGCUCAAGCCUGGUGCAGAGGCAAGUCUGUCAGCUGAUGAGAUGGGCAUGCUAUCAGAUGUCGAGGGAGAUCUAAGCUGCUUGCCCGCAGACAGUCACCAAUCCAUGGUGGAAGAAACUGGACGUAAGACAAGUUCAGGCUCAGAUGCUGACCUCUACAGCUUUCACUCAGCAGCUGCUGAAAAUGAAGACCUGCUCUCUGACAUUCAGCAGGCCAUUCGAGACCAAUGUGAGUCCGGUGGAAAGGUACUGGAAAUGAUGGCUGAAAGGUCAACCUGUGGAGCAGACAAGUCUCCUGAGAAGGUAAAGCCUAAGCAGGGUUUCAAUCUGGAAACAGACCUAAUCCCUGCAACUCUUUCCAGCGAGUGUGUGCCUCAAGAGAAUAAGAAAUUAGAGCAUGAAAGUUGUGACAUACCCAUAUCAAGGAAAUCCUCUGGUCCAGGUUCUUUGAGUGAGAGUGGUCCAUCAUCAUCAGCAGCAGACACAGAAAGAAGCAGUGGUAGUGUAUUCCCCAAAACCAACAGCACCUAUAGCUUCCCUGAAACUUUAACCACCACCACCACCAACACGUCGUAUGAGAGUGCAGAGGAGCCCCAGGAUGACCUGGAGAGCCCGGUUAGGAGUCGAGGAUUUUCAUGUGUACCAUGUGUCCGCCUGGAUCCAGUGGUGGUAGGAGGAGGGCCAACUGUGUGUCAUAAGAGUGUGAGCAGUAUGGACUUGUCCAUGGAGAGGGGAGGAGAGGAGGAGGAGGAAAUUCAAAGACACGACUUCCUGUCCCUCAAAAGGAGGAAGAGUAGUAUGUCCUUUAGCCAGCUGACACCUGACAUCCUCCCUGGUUCUCAGUCAAGACGGACAUCCUCCACCUCUCCAUCCACCGUAAAACUCUACCCUCCUGUCCACCCCUCUUAUGUCAAGACCACCACCAGGCAGCUCACCUCCCCAAUUGGUUCUCCAAUUACCAGCCCAAAUGUGCCCAGGAAAACAGAUGCUGCCAGUGGUUCAGUGGAGUCCAGCAGGGCCCUGCAGUUUAGGAGGCACAAGCAGAGGUCUUGCUCGAUCGGUGGGCCUCUUGGUGUGUCUACAGACUGGUUGACGGAGUUGAAUGAGCUUAGAGCAAGACAGGCCAGUGGGGCUAGAUACUCAGAGCCAGAGAGUCAAGAGAAAAGUUACCAAAGUGGGACUUACUGGACACUGGGCUCCAGGAGAGGAAAACAUGGACGUAAGAGCUCCUCAUCCACAAUACCCUAUCUAGAUGUCUUCUCUGGUGAGUCACAUGUCACAUAUGCACCUGUUUGUGAACGUUAAGAUGAAUCCGCCCGAGAUAAUGAGUUAUUUAUUGUUUCCUAGUAUUAUAGGCUAACAUAGCAUUAGUCCUGAAUGGCAUUGUGUAGCCAGUACAAGUCGAUCAUUGUAACUGCAUAAACUCAUUUAUUUGAGGGUAAGAAAAGCUCACAGCCCCACAAUAAAGCCCAAAUUAUUUACAUUUGUUCAUGAGUGUGCAGCGUAUGGUUCAGAUAUAGAUGCAAGACUUUGUGAUGCAACAUUUUCCAAGGCAAGAAAUCUAAAGGAACAAAACAACCAAAUCUCUCCUCUUUCCCGACACCCUGAGUCUCUGUGAAUGUCAGCUAUAAGCUAAUUAGGACCCACCAAAGAGUUGGAAAAAGUUCCAAAUACUUGGUAGUUAAAUCAUUAAACACCAGAGUUAUUCUCAAAAGCAAACACUGCAUCAUUUUCUGGUAAGUGCACUGGUGAAGGCCUAUUUUUAGCCACCACUUGUGUGGUAAAAUGUGUAAAAUAUUCAUAAUCUCCCGAGUUAAGAAGAUUCAUAAACUUUUGAGAACUUUGGAACUCCAGGGCAUGCCUUGGUGGGUUCAAGACAGACUUGUUAUUAAUUUUUCAAGAAUUACUCAUCAUAUACCAGAAAUUAUCUUUCAUUUAAUCAACUCUGCUCUCAAAAAGCCACCAUCUCUUUUUCAGGCAACAAAGCGUACUUCUUUUAACCACUUAAUUGUUUUCACCAUUUACUACUCUUGCAGUGAGAAAUCCCCAAUGGGCUGGGUUUUACCCCUAUUAGCUUGGCUCUUAGCCAGUCCUCAUUUGAGAUUAAAUUGUUAUGCAAUAAUGGUGUGAAAUCAUUAUGGUAAUUGCUAAGCAAUUUAAUUUCUAAUGACUUACAAAUUAUGACAUUAUACAAAUCGCAACAGCUUGAAUACGAAAGUCAUGAUUCAAAGCUCAUGAAAACUAUGAUGAAACAGUGGGGGUUCUUUAUCGAUGAGUGUUUCCAAAACAAAAGGGUCUUUCUAAAAUACAAUGACACUUUGUUCUCCUGUCUGUUGUGGUGCCUUUCAAGAGCUCAGCUGCUCUGUACUGUCUGAGCCCGUGCCCAUAAAUCAGAGGGCGAAUGACAACACUGCCACCCACCCAAGGCGAUGCCAUCCUCCGAUUCCACCGUCUUAGACACUAAAAAGCACGUGCACACACAUUCACACACACAGUGCACAUUUUUUGAUGCUGAACCAAAAUGACACUUAAUCCUCAUGACAGAAAUAAGUCAUGAUAUAAAAUCCAUUCAUAUUUCGUCAGGUAAAUUUACUGGAGCCGAAAAAUAGAGGUAAAAUGAACCUUAAAUUCCCUGAUCCAACAACAUCUGACCUGUGUGACAUUUCAAACUGGGAGGCACAGUCUUCACUGAUCAGCUCAUGUGUUUUAAAGGUUAUACCUGAGGAUGUGGGAGACAGAGGAGAAAGUUGUAAGAUGCAUAAAAAAAGGCAGAGAUACAAAAUCACAUUAAACUGGUAAUACCACAGUCACUGACUUUGGUUACGUAAAUUAUAUGAAUUUCUGGAUUUAAGAGCAAUUCAGAGUAAUCUAACUCUUAAAGACUGGACUUGUUUCAGUGUAUUACAUCACACAAUUUGCUAAUCACAAUCAUUUUUCUUCCCCCAGUACUCUAAUCAUCGUCCACAGGACCAUGAGUCAUAGGACUUAGCUCAUUCAUUCACUGUUUACUCCAAAGUCACAUGUUUUUUUUUUUCCAAAAACAACAGCCCAGUCUGAAUGGAUGUGUAGUGGUUUGACUUUCUCAGUAUCAGAGCUGUGUUUUCACAGAAGACCAACAUCCUGUGAUGUCACAUAGUCAAUAUUUUUUCCAGCCUCUAAUGAUUUCUCUGCUCCUGCCAGCAGGGAAGAAAUGAGGCUCUUCCAAAUCUUUGAUCCAGAUUGGCUCAGGGGUUUUGAGAUUAUGAUCAGUCUGUCUAAUAAAAAUGACUUUUCUACUCCUGUUCGAUUAAAAAAAGGUGCUUUUUACAAAAUUUUCAGGGUUUUCGGUAUAUUUUAUUAAGAUGCAACCAGCAAAAAAUAACUUUAAAACAGUAGUUCAAUGUUCUUGUCCAUUGUAUGUUAAAUUUAGCCAUUAAGUUUUUGAUCAUUCUUUGCACUGCAAAAUUAACACCAUCACUUUUCCCCCCGCAUCAAGUAAACGGUGUAAAGAUAGCUUGCAUGUGGAGGUGUUUCAUUAUCACAUCUGAAACUGAGACUUCUAGAAGUGUUUGGUGCUGAUAACACAAGGUAUCUACUUCAUCACUUGAGCUUAUGUUCCCCAAAAAUAAGCACAAAAACAAGCAUUUACUUCUCCAGACAUCCCUCUCCAGCAUCAGAAAUGGUGCUCUGUGUUCUCGCAUUCUUCCACUCCACUUCUCUUUUAUUCCCAGGUCACACUCUGUUAGACCGGCUGUGUGCACAUCAUGGAGAUGGCUCUGCAGAAGAGGAAGCAAAGGAAAUGUGUCACCGAAUGUUGGUCCAGGGUCUGCUGCACCCCUUCAGUGACGGCACCACAGAGCUCCAUGGUGACAGCACUAUCUCAGCGGUCUUUAAUGUAAGAUCUUUGUCCUAACUGUCAUCACUGCUUGUCUAAAGAAAGGUUAGAUGCGAUGAGCAGCUUCACAUCAUCAAAACUGGGACUAACCUCGCUGAGGUUUUUGUCACAGUACAGCUAUAUUGUAAGAGCAGGGUGGUGACAUUUCAAAGCAGCAUUGAUUUUUACGCUACUGAGGAGGAUCUAUUGUAGCGUAGGAACAGAAAGGUCAAAAUUUUACACUUCAAAAGGCAAUAACUGCAGCAGACCUGCUCCAGUUCUGCAUGAACUUACCAGGUUGUGGUGAAUCUUGUUACUGAUUGUACCGAAGGCUGCAGGUCAAAAGGAUUCCUGUCCUCAUCUCAAUUUCAUUGCAAUUUAUUCCCGAUGAUAGUGUAACAUGGGCUGAGGUGCAAAGGGAGGACGUGCUUAUCGGGUGAUAACCUCUAAGAAUUAACACAGAGUGAUUUGCAGUCAUCAGCUCCAUGCAUUGCUUAUCCAAUCUCUAUUUCCAUACUCACCUCUGUAUUACUGUGAUUCAACCCAGAGACCUUUAAUUAUCCGGAGAGCAGUUGUGCAUGUAGACAGGCUGACCAUGUGAAAGUUGAUUUCAUGAAUCUUUAAUUCUUUAUCCCUCUAAUGCUGUGCUCAGACCUAAUCUCAUAUGCAUCACAUUCCUCUGCACAGUUUCAUCAUGGCCGCUGUCAGAGCCAUUUCUAUCAAAUACCCCCAUGGCUGAGAAAUACAUGCACAAAUAAUGUUGUCUAAUAUAUGAUCAAAGGUUCCUUCAAUUCAGCUCAUAGCUGUGUCCAUCUGCCAGAGCUGCUUUAGCUGUGUGGGUUCAGUAUACCCCAACUCAAACUUCUUUUGAGAUGACACAUUAAGAAGUCCUUUCAUAGUUUUUUGAGCUUUUCACAGUGUUUCCUCACGCUUAUAUUAUUUUAGAUUUCCAGCUUUCAGCAUUACCUGUCAACAAAUUUUUAUUUUUGUAUUUGUUAUGUUUGCACACUUGAAUUUGUGUUUAGCUCAAAGCUUUGCUAGGUCUCAAGUCAGGCCGAAAUAGCCCCUACCUAAGUUGCAGAAAUAUAUCCAGGGGUCCAUUUAACCCUGUUUAAAAUCCUAAUUUGACAUACUACGACCUUUGGGAUUAUAUCUUAGUGAUGUUUUCUAUUAUUGGCAAAUAAUGUUUUUUUUUUUUUUUUUUUUUUCGUUGUAAAGAUUAUGAUUUUUUUCAUUUGCAGCUUGUAACCUUCUUCCUUUUUCUCUUUGCAAAUUUAGCUGUAAAGAGAGCAUGUUCCUAAAUCUUAUAAUAUUAGUGAACGAAGAAACUGAGGGAAAUUAGGACCCUUGGGAUUCUAGGGUAACCUGCUGGCAUCCUAUCCUAUUUUGUUGGUUUAAUGCUAAAGAGGGAAAACAGAUUACUGUUGACUGCUUAGUGCACCUCCCCCAGAUAUGAACAUACAUGACAUUACUGUGCAUGCUUUUGAACAUGAAGGCACAGUAUUCAAAGCUAAAUGCCAACAGCAACAAAACACAGAGAAAGGCGUGUGUUACACAUCAGAAAAUGCAUACUGCAUGCAAAUGCGUAUUGUUCACAUGCAUGUAAAGCUCUAAAAAUAUACACCAUUCUGCCUGCAUGGUGUUUAGUCACAAUAGGCAGAGCACUUUGUUUAUAUGUACAAUUCCUCCACAUGUGCACUUAUGUUUACAGAAGGCAAGGCUGAAACACCGUACAUGUUCAAGCAUUUCCUCGCAUGGCUGGAUGAAUUAAGGUCCUUGUGAUACUACAUUUAGUCAAACACACACAUACACAUUUGCACACAUACACACAGAUCUGUGCUUGCGUAGACAAUCUGCUGACCGUGUUAUGUAACAACUCCACGUGCCCUGAGCUUGGGCUGCUCUUCCCCAACAAAAAACUCACCAUGUCAGGAUUGGACUGCGGCCCCCUCCUUCAUUGUUCGAUGUUUUUUGUGUUUGCGUCCCCAGUCUCUGUCUUCCUCACUGAGGAAGCUUGGCCUGGAGUCCUGCAUUAUUGAGCUUGACCAGGAGUAACCUUUGCUGUUGCUAUCUGAGUGCAGAUCUGACUGUUGUUGCUUUAUUUUUCACAGAUUAUAUCCCUUUUUAAACAAAACAGUUAGGUAAAAUUUCUGUUAUUUUUUGUUGACUCUUCUCUUGAAAAAAAUACUGCAUUAUGCCUUUCCUCUCUUUUCUAUCCUCCAUUCUUCCCCUCUCACACUCUAUCACUUUUAUCCUCCACUCUGUAACAUAAAUAUGAAACGUUAUGUGCUCUCAUAGCUCUGUUUUUGAUGGAGUGAAAUGUACAAGUUGUGCAAUUCUUGUUCUGCAUUUACACUGAAAUUAAAUAUCCCAUCAGCCUUAUUCGAGCCAGAAAUUCAGAUCAGCGCACUGUAAGCAGUCCAGGGUUAUUUGAUUUUAAACUUGCCUAAGCAAUACCGCUGGAUAAACAAUACAGACUUGGUUAUUUUCUGACUAGGUUCCACUUUGGCUUUUGGGUUGAGCUGCUUUUUACCCUCAAGUUUAUCCACACUUUAAGCCUGCAGAUAUUGCUACCACUCUGCUCCUUACCCUGGUGGUUGUGAUUAACCUUUAAUCAUGGUGCAUCCCACCAUAUGUACACACUCUUGCCACAUGUAGUGUAGUUGUAGCUACUGUCACUUGUACAAGCUUGUAGUGUUAAGCACAGACAUCUGACCUCGUUUACAGUGUUUGCACUUGCUUGUUUUCUAAACUGUGUGCAGGAGGAUCAGCUGUACACCUGGGCUUCUGUGGGCCUGCCAGUGUCUUCUCACCUAUGGGAACUAUACGGGGGGCGGACUACUGGCAGAGAGCAGAGUUUCAAAUCCACUUUAAAUCAAUCAGCAAAAACACCAGGGGAACUGCACUCUCCGGUUAGUUAAAUUCUUCAUCUUUAAAUGCUUUACAGUAUGUUUGCCCUGUCCACACUCCAUGUGGAGUGUUUAAUUUAUUGCUUACAUGAGAGAGCAUCUUCCUUCUAGUGUCCUUUUACUUAAAAAGACUUCUUCUUACCUUCAAAAGAAAAAAAAUGUGUUUUUUAAACAUUUUUGUGAACCUCUUAUUUUACUUUUGCCCUCACACAGCUAGGAAUAAUCUUUUAUCGAGGGCAAAAACUUCAAGCUAUGUUGAAAGUUCAAAAUACUGCAAUUCAUUCAACGCUGUUAUCUUCACAGAGUCAUAUUGUGUGUUCAAAAUGAUGCUUUCACUUUGCACUGUUAUGCACUAUAAUCACAUCUUUCCGGAAGACUUACAUUCUGAUAGAUAACUAUUAUGCUUUCUGUGUGAAUGUCCUCAGAUCACAAAGACGCCUCUUAACUCUCUGUAGCAGAAGCAUUACGCUGAUUCUCAAAACUAUGCACGCAAUCAUGUGCAGAAAAUACAGUAUGAGUGUUGUAUUCUGAAUCUGAUAACGCUGUUAUUAUAAGAUAAGGUUAAGAGGACUUAGAUGCUGCUCCUCCAACAUAGAUGAGUAUUAUGUGCAUCUUGUUUUUAGGCAAAUGAACAGAGUUGUGAAAACAAUGUCGAAAUAUCACAGACAAUUGUAAACUGGAUUAAGAUUAGGAGAGAUAACAUUAAAGAAGUAGAAAAGGCAUAAAGAGGUAGUUUAAAGAAUGCAUCAUGAGGGUCUUAAAGGAUAAAUAAAGGUUGUGUAUUUGAUUUCUACUCACAAUCUAAAACAGCACGACCUUUGCAGACAGUAAAAAAAAUGUCCUGGAUAAUCUGAAUCAGUUUAAUCCUGAGCUGUAAAUCCUUCUUUGUCCACCAGAGGUCAGGCUUGUGUUGUAAGACCUUUCAGAGUGUAACAGCGCACCUCCCUGUUUUCCAGCAGUUAAUAAAUUUAAAAAGUCCAUACUGGCUGAACAUUCUCCUUUAGAGUCAACGAUGUGACCACAACCAGGGAAUGUAUGCUAGCAGACACACACACCCUCCCCAUGUGAGGCCCGAGGAGACUCGCUGUCUCUGGGGUCAAAUCUCUCAGUAUCCCCUCAUCCCUGCUCUAACCAGACUGGAGCCAGAGGUCUGAUGAAGUCUAGACUUACUGGACUUUCUUGACCCUUCUUUGGCUCACAGCUAUGUCACUAAGCUCCAUCAGUUCUAAUUCCUUCACUGUAUAUAAAGUGUAAUUUAUUCCAUUAUGUCCAGCAAAUUUAAUGUCUUACCUCACAUUUAGAUUACGAGACUGGCCUGACUGCCUGAUUUUAAAAACGUCUUUUUUACAUAGUAAAUGCACAAGCUUGGGUUUGUAUUGAUGCAUGUUAAGUACAUUGCUUUUGCCUUUUGUUGGUGGACAGACUGAAUCCUCCAGGUUGAAAUCCGGUCAGUCGUCCUCCGAGGAUGAGAGCUGUCUUAUCACUCAGCUGGAGAGGACCAUCUAUGACCUGCGGAUUAAGAUUGCUGUGUUGCAGGGCCAGCAGGCCUCUUUGGCAAAGGGCAGCCCGGAUAAUGCAGGAGCCCUGGGCACUGCCAGCCACAAGGCCUCACAGAUAAGAGGAGGAAGCUUGGUGAAGAUGAGCCAGGAGGUUUCUGUGCAGACGUCACCUGUGGAGGAGGGCUUUAAGUUUGACGUGCCUUCAAGCGGAGGAUCAGCGACUAUGUCAUCCUCCACCCCUAAAUCAGCAGAGAGCUUUGUCUGCACGUGCCAGCAGAGGCAGCAGAGCAGCGCUCAUCCACCUCCUCCUCCCUCGAUUUCUUGCGGCGUUCCCCCUCCUCCUCCUCCGCCUCCUCCACCACCUCUAGGAGGGGGUGUCGCUCCUCCUCCUCCACCACCACCCCCUCCCCCUCCUUUACCUGGGCUUGGACCUUGUCCGCCACCUCCUCCCCCUCCUCCUCCUCCACCACCAGGUUUUGGACCCCCACCACCACCUCCGCCUCCUGCACCAGGUUUCGGCCCUCCACCUCCUCCACCGCCUCCACCGUUUGGUAUGGGCCCUCCUCCUCCACCCCCUCCACCUGGAAUGGGCCCCCCUCCUCCGCCCCCACCCCCAGGCUUCGGGCCUCCACCUCCACCAGGACCCAUGCCCUCCCUGAUGGUGCAGGAAGCCGCCCCUGCCAAGGCGGUGAUUGAGCCCCCCAAGCCAAUGAAGCCACUUUACUGGACACGCAUCCAGCUGCAUGCUAAAAAGUAAGCCUACGCUGCUGUAACAGUGAAGAUAGAUACGGAUCAUUUACACACAGGUAUUCUCUGAACAGUAGAGAAUUGAGAGGAAGCUUGUCCACUUUAGAUAUAGAUCAACCACGCACUGUGACGGACGCAGAGAUGCUAACCUUGUGGAAAAUAAAAGUGAUGCAGUCCAGGCAAUGUAGUCAGCAGAGAACAGACUUGAACAGGUUUUCUUGAUUUAAUAAGACUUCAUGAAGUGUGACUCAGUACAUUUCUGGAAAUUUCAAGUUUUAAUUUACGUGAAAGUCAAGGAGCUAAUACUAAAUUCUUUAUGUAAUCUGUAGGCUGGCUGAGUAGUUCAGGGUAUAAAUUGAAUAUUUUCUCUGUACAAAGAUUGACACAAACGUCACAGCAGCAUGAACUUGAAUUUUAUUUUUUACAUUUUAUGACGCAUUCUUGCUGACGUCUUUUCAUCAUAGAUAAUUUCAUUUCUUCUCUCUUUAGACCUGUUGCUUCACUUGUAUGGGAGACAAUUGAGGAACCAACUGUAAACUUCGAUGAAUUUGUGGAGCUGUUCUCCAAAAGUGCUGUUAAGGAGAAGAAAAAGCCCAUUUCAGACACAAUCAGCAAGUCCAAGGCCAAGCAGGUAAAGGAUUGUUUUGUAAGGAUGUGUAUUUGUGUAAGUGUGCCAUUUUCUUUUUAGCUUUAUACAUAUCAGCUUAUAAGUGAACCCCAUUUUUGAUAAAGUAUGUAGUUGCACCUUCUUGGUCAACAGUUCCUCUUCGGGACUUUCUAUGUCCUCACACUCGCUCCUCUAGUACCCUGUUUCUUCCCGUCUCUCUACUCUGAGUUCUUUGAGUGACAGGAGGAACUGCCACAGCCAGACAGUGAUUAUGUGGUGUGAGCUCUGGCUCCCACCCGACUCCUCUGUGACCAUCCAGUGGCACGGAGCCAAAGUCUCGCGUGCGGUGAGGAAACCUCACGACGGUGAUGACUGUUGAGACAGAGGAGGAAAAAAGGGAGGGAGGGAGAAGCCUGGGAGCUGUAUAUCGUGAUGUGGUUCCUCCCAUUGUGCUUUCUGUAUGACUUAGUUUAAUGCUUGCCUCCCCGAUGCCCUUUAUGUCACUCCAUCAAUCUGCAAGUCAAACAUUUGAUCUACAAUUUAAAGCUGCUCCAGUCAGGAUUUUUAUGUUAAUGUUCUAUUUACCCACAUGACGUUUCUAAAUCAUAAAUAACGCUGCAGCAGGGAAAAACAUUUCAACCCCUCUAAUAGAGACCCUGCAGUUGCUGAGAUGAAUUGUUGCUCUCGGGCUGGGCCGCUGUCGGGAAAUAUUCUUAGUUUACGGGGAAAGAUGAAUUGAAAUAUAACAACAAAACAUAAAUCCGUUUGCAAAAAGGUUCCAGUUGAAUAAAAGGUUGAUUUAGCAAUAUUUAAGCUCCUCUACCUUCACCGUAUUAGCGAAAGAAUUAACAUGUAGAAUAUUAAUGAUUAACGUAAAAGCUAUGUUACACCGCUAAUAAGAUCCAGUCAGUUUCUGUGGACGUCCAAAAAAGGUUGAAACUGUGUGCUGUGUUUGUACUUUUAUUUCUUUAGACAUGCAGAUUCAGUGAAGCUCUUUCUAGAAACAUCUGUUUUCACUAUUCUGCAUGCAACCAGUAGUUUAACCAUGAUGAUGGACUCUGUUGAGGUGCGGAUGGACUGUGCGAGAACAUUAGCCUGAGCUAAUGCCGCAGAGACUCUGCUGGUUAUUUGAUGUUGCAAACUGAGAAGUCUUUUAAGCCCCUACAAGAUUUAUUUACUGAACAGUACAGGUUUUCUUUAAAUGCAUGGAUACGAGCAAAUGAGGGGGAAAAGUUGUAAUAUACUGGCUCUGAUAAACUCCUGUUUUUAUCACAGACUCCAGCAGGCUGACUGUAGAUGUAUCAGUGUGCUGAAAGGAGUCCAGUUGAUUUUCCUACCAGACUUUUAUAUGUGGUUUCAGGAGCUUCUGCAGUCAGUCUCUUCUGAGCACUCAGUUUUUAGGACUCCCACACUGGCUUCAUCUUUCGAAAUCAGAGGUUUGCCACUUGAGAGAAACCUGACAGAAACUACCUGUUGCGGUGAACAAAAGUCAACUGCGAAGAGAAACAGUGAAAAAGUUUAGGGAAUUUAACUCACUGAAGAAAGUCUCAGUUUGAGACAUAAAUUUCAUCUGAAUCACUCUUCAGAAAUAACGGUCUUUAAGCACGCUGACACUCUGGGAGUUUUCAGGUGGUUAUUUUAACACCUGAAAGAUGAGAAUAAGGCAAGCUUUUGCACAGCGCAGCACUACACCUGCGAAUUUAGAGGGAUGAUGUAAGGCGAGAAGAGAGGAAACAACCAGAAUGAGUGUCCUCUCUACUCCGAAAGGCUUACAUGAUGUGAUAUCCUGAUUGAUUUACACUCUUUGUCCUCACUGCACAGUAUUGAUGCUCUGAAAUCAAAAGUGAUAUUGAAGACAACAGCCAAUAUCUUCUGCAAAAGAAAAAGAAAAAACACAACCUGUGAGUGGACACAGUUUAGAGCUGACUUUUGACAUUUCCAGCUCACUGAGUAGAUCGAUUCCAUCCCCUACCACUAACAGCAUCCCCUACCACUGUGUGUUUUUAGCUCAACAGACGCAAGCAUCCCCUUCAGAGCCACCACUAGAGAGCAGCUUUGACGUCACUUCUCGGCCUCUGCCGACAUCACUGUGAGAUGUGGAGAAAUACUACCACUGACAGUGGCUGUCAGGUGCUGACCCUGCUGUCUGUGUGUGGACAGGUUUAAAAAAGGAGCCGGCUUACCUUGUGUGGAUGGCCUCUUCGUAUGGGGGUGGGGUGGAGUUAAAGAGUUGCUGUGGUUUAUUUGACACGUUCACUUUGAAACUAUAGAAUUUAGGCUUUUGUUGAACGCCCUUCAGGAUCAACCCAGCAGAGUUUUGACAUGUGCUUGAUUUUAAAAUGCAAAGUGUGAUUUCUUUUCACAUUUUAUGUGCAUGCAUGCAAAUUUCCUGCUUAUAGUGCCUUGAGAUCUUAAGUUUAUAGCCUGUAUGGGUAAAGUUUUUAAUAAGCAGGUUGUACAAGGGCUGAAGUGCAACAACGGACCCUUUUUUCUUUAUUUUAGUGAGCGAUAUUCAUAACUCUCCAUUACUUGAUCAAUUGAUGUGUAUUUGAACUUUACAAAUAAAGCAGAAAACCCCCUAUGUUUCAAUGAGCAACAGCUUGCAGCUCAAAACUUGUGGACUGAUAAAUCAAACCUAAACCUUUGGAUGAUUUAAAACAGAGACUUUUUUAAUAAUAUCCAGAAUAGUUACUCAGCUGUUGCAGAAUAGUUUUAAUCAGCUUAUCCAAUCAAAAUCUUGGCCCUGUGUUAAAAGACAAACCCACUGGAAUUUUGACAAGUUCACACUAGCCAUGUUUACAUGUGCAAAAUUUCUUGAUCCGAUUAAAAAUUUAAGGUAUGAGAUAAUCUGAAUCCACUGUUCAUAUGGGUGCAAAUCAAAUAAUCCGAUCAUGAUGUGCGUAUACAGGCACAAAGCUUCAUUCAGAUUAGAAGCAUAUUGACAUGCACAGAGUUGUCUGAUUUCACUAGAACAACCGCAGAAGAAGAGUUGUAUUUACGCCUGUGCUGUCAACAAACCAACAAACAAGGUAGUGGCUCACUCCAUCCAAUUCAUGAGUUUUCCCCCUGUUGAAUAAUGUCACUAGAUGGCGCCCUAUAUAUAUAUAUAUAUAUAAGAUAGAUCUUAUAUAAGUUGCACUGUGCGUGCAGAUGUGACAUCAUUACGCCGUAUGUACGCCUUGUUAUGUUACCGGAAGAGCAGACACGGCACCUGUGUCUUAUGUUGUUGUGUUUUAUGCCAGAGUAUUAAUAAUGAAACCUCCUGUUCUGGCCUCAAUAAAUAAACCAAGAGCUAAAGAGUGAAGAUCGAGUCAGGUAACAGAGUCACGAUCGGAAUAAGUGUUUACAUGGACGCGUUUCGGAAUAACGAUCAGCAUACACCACUCCUCUCGAUCGAAAUACAAUUUCUUUCCGAUUGAGCCGAAUUGGAUCAAAAUCUUCUGAUCGACAUGUUUACAUGGUACAUUUUUAUUCAGAUCGGGCAUUUAUUCCAAUUAUCUGUUGCCCAGGUAAACACAGCUAAUAUUUGUUGAACUUUUUUUUGAAUGGCAGGUUCUAUGAUGUUCUGGGAGAAGGAUAUCAUUACCACUGAGUUAGUGUGGAGCUGUAGGCUACAAUUUCAGAUAAGCAUAUUCAUAAGCAGUUGUAAUAACCAAGAUACAUAAAUCAUGACCACUAGUAGGUGAAGUGAAUGGCACUGAUUUCUCCUCUCAGUGGCACCUGUCAGUGGGUGGGGUACACUGGUAGCUAGUGAACAUUUUAUCCUUAAAGCUCAUGUGCUGGAAGCAAUGGCAAUGGAUGAGAGUAAGGAUGUAAGCGACCUUGAUGAAGACCACAUUGUGAUGGCUGGACAAGAAGGUCAGAGCGAUGCCAAAAUUGCAGCCUUUGUGAGGUGUUCUCUGUCUGCAGUGGUGAAAAAAGUGGUGAACAAGUGACAGAGUCAUGCAUGGCCAAGGCACACUGAUGUGUGUGAGGAGCAAAGACCUGCAAGUGUGAUUUGAUCUAGUAGAAGAGCCCCAGGAGCUCAGAUCUCUGAAAAAGGUGAUGCUGCCUCAGAUGAAAAAGUAUCACAGUUUGUUGAGUGUGCCGCAAUACUUGCAGCACUCUUUUCUUUUUAUUUCGUAAGGCUGGGGUUGUUUUGUUCUGAUAUGACAGAGGGAGGCCUGUAUAACAUUAGGCGGCUGAAGUUAUGGCUGGUUGGUGUGACCAUGAGUGAGCAGACAUCAUUACAUUAAGCUGAAAAAAACAUGAAGAUUCUCAGACAAUUUCUGUCGUUGGCUGACAUUUUUUUGUAAUGACAAUGAGAGAUAAUGAUAUCUCUGGAGGUUGUUGGUCAAACUAGAAACCAAAGACGCAUUAUGUGAAUCAUUUGUGUCAGUGUGGUUUGAAUUGACCAAGUUGUGACUCAACAGGAAGUGUCAUUUCAGACAAAAAAUGUAUAAAAACAGUUAUUUAAAAUGACCCUGUGAGCUGAGACACCCACUGCUUCAGCCCCAAUAGCAGACUAUUGUAAUGAGGCGGUCAUAUUUCUAGCUAUAUGUCAAUUCUGGGAUGCUGAGGUUAAAACUACCACCUGUCCUUCAAACCCAUGUACUGGGUUUCAGUGCUAAAUGAACACUCUUGUCCACAAGUUCCCCACAGAUUCAACCAUGAUUAUCUUCGGUUUUGCAGCGGGGUGUACUAACAGACAUAGCGAGGCUGCUAUAGCUGUGUACGUACGAUAAAAAUGGAAAGAAGGCAGAGGUGAACCACAGCCAUACAAAGGAAGAAUUACCAGCUGUUUUUAUUGACAUACUGGUUCCUAUGUUUACUGGUUUCUAUAAUAGUUGUUGUGUUUAACCUUAUCAUCUUCUUCAGUUACAAUAUUUGUCACUCAUCACAAACAGCAACUAACCACGAUUUUCAAGUCUCAUCUCAUAUCCAUGGCAGCAAAUAUGAUAAAGUGAGCAGUGCAUCAGGAGCCUGCAUGACAGAUCUUGUGACUGAGGCAGAUGACAACCUAAUGCUGUUAACUAAUCACAAGAACAGCUGGAUUAUGGAAACCAGCCAGUGUGGGAACCACCAGGGCUAUACCACCAACAAGUCUUUGCAAGUUGUUUGCAUUUACAUGUGUUUGCUGGUGCACUUGAGGACAGUUCAUUUGGCAAAGUCCCCGACAGUUUUGUGUGGUGGGCUAACUCUAAUUAACUCUACCUUCUGUUGCUUUUAAAGCUCCAAAAUACUCCUAAAAAGUAGUAAUUAGGUGAAAUGUAGGGAAGCCUGAUGUAAGACUUUUAUUCCUACAGCAAUAAAGAAUUGAAAUACAUAGACACUCCUUUUUUUACUUUGCUUUAAACAUGCACUACUUUAUGGAGCUUGUAGUGUGAUUUUAUGAGACUGAUGAUGUAACCCUAAUCCUAAUGAACACUUGCACAUAAACCAGCAUGAUAAGACCCAUCUGCUAUAACAGAAAGCCUGCUUGAAAAACAACAUUUGAUGUAUUUAAUUUUCUAGUCUGAUCCAUGUUCAAUCUGUUGAAAGAGAGGGGGGUUGGCUUAACAAGCUAUACUGCUGCCAGACACCAGGGGGAGCUGUGAAUGCUUUGGCUUCACUUCAGGGGAGCUGUUGUGUUUGUCCAUUGGUUUUUAAAGUCUUCGGCUCAUAGAAGUCAGACCUGAAGUAAGAAAUGGAUCAAAAGAUGAACAUGUUAUUAACUUUGAGGAUUUGUUUUAAGCAAAGCACAGACACAUGGAUCCCAUAUGGUUGUUAAAAGAUGAUUCAGAAGAUUUCUUAUUUUGUUUUUUUUUUCUUGACAGGGUUAUUCUUGUAAAUGAUUCUAAUUAUACGGUGUUGUUUUUGCAUCCAGAUGUAUUUUAUUAGAAAAUAAUACUAAAGAUACUCAGCAAGGAAGAGUUAUUUAAGAGACAUGUCAAACCAGCCGAAGUGAUCCUCUGUCAUCGCAGGCUGUGUGGUAAACUAACCAACCAUGUUUCACAUAAUUAAAACCUCUUUUUGCAUAUUUGUUGUUAGGAUGAGUUUCUUUAGCCGGUCAUAUCAGCCUUUAGAGUGUUGGAGCUGUGUCACUCAAAUACCUCAGGUACUUUGGUGUUUGAUUGCUGGAGCCGGGGGCCUCCGACAACCAUCCUUGACCGUAGAACCCUGUCCACAUUUUUUCACAUCACGUAGGUCCCCAAAAUAUGUUCUGCCAUGGUAUCCUUACAUUUGUACUGUUAGGUCAGCUAAUAAAAUAUGAAUAAUGACUUUUUUUUUCAAUAUCAAUGAACAGGUAGCGACACUAGCUACCUUAGACUUGCUGAGGAGGCUUUUCACUGUCAUAAACACCUUGUCCUUUAAAACUCUGUUUAAGAAGGGAAAACUGAGACAUUUGGCUCUGUAUAAUUUCCUGUGUGUAUGAGGGGGUCUGUGGUCUGUGUGAUCUGGUUUAGAUGGAAGUGUUUCACGUCCUGUUCUUUCACUAUUUCGGUACUUUGUGCACACUUGUGCUUACACAGGCAAGCUGUGGUUCUUAACAGCUCCCUUGGAUGGGCUUUUUCAUGCAUAAUAAAAACACUGUCUUAAUUUACAAAUCUUGGCCCUUUGUCAAGUGGAUGCUAAUGUUAUCCAGCUAAUGUUUGUUAUUCCUGCUCAUUUUUGAGCUCUUUUGUACUCUGCAAACAUUGGUUUUGCCUGAAAGUGUAUUUGUUUAACAAGCUUAAGACUUGAAUUCACGUUUAAGUACUCCACUUCACUGAAAAAAGGAUCUUUCAAACUUCUUUUUGCUCUCCUCAAAGAUGAUGGAUGUGGAGAAAUUGAGGAAAAGGAGAAAUAAUUAAUCAUCAUAAUUCAGCAAGACAUCAUUUAAAUUUCCUAAUGUCUGCGGUUGAAUGGUCUUUGGUUUCCUUCCACAGAAAAUGACAGACAAAGGGGAGCGAUGUUUCUGUUUUGUGUUUCCACUCUUUUAUUAAGUGUGUUGUCUGGAUGUGUGUUUGUUUGCGUGUCAUUGUAUAAGAAGUAUUAAUAACAUCUGUUUUCUGUGGCCUUGUAUAACCCUGCUGCUCAUGUCUCUGUUUCUUAUCUUUCAGGUGGUGAAGCUCUUGAACAAUAAGCGCUCACAGGCAGUGGGAAUUCUCAUGUCCAGCAUUCACCUGGAUAUGAAAGACAUUCACAAUGGUAAAUGUUACUUUAUCAUCAUAUAUCCACUGUUCACUCACAUAUAGCUUUUUUCUAGAGAUAUCUUGACAUAAGGUUUUUGUAAAAUCCAGGAUAGCUGAAACUGUAACAUGUGUUUGGACCUUUCUGAAUGUGUUAUGAUGUUUUUAAAAACUUUUCUUCUUUCUACUGUAAUGCCUAAAACACAAACAGUUUAAUACUUUCCUAUUCUUUAAGUUUACUUCUGUUACAGAAAAUAGCCAACCUCUAUUCCCAGUUAAAUAUAGAAAUACAAAUACAAAUAUAAAAAUAAAGUGAUGUAUUGGUGACUCUUACUUGCCCACAUUGGCUUUGCUUUAGAUUGGCUAUCCUGUCCCCUACUUUGAUCCGAAGAUGUUAAGAGAAAGAAUCUGACCAACUUCAGCCACUCACUUAUCUUUCUCUAUUACCUAUCUUGACCUUUCUAUUACCUUCAUCUACAUUUAGAUUUAUAUUGUUCCUCUGAUAGCUCAUUUGCAGCUUUACAUGAUUUACAGUUCAAUAAAUUCUGAUAUAUCUCUAAAUCUUUACGUCUGUAUAGCACUGCCAUCCAACAUUUACCUUAACACCUCUUUAAAAUUGGCUUCUCUGCAUUACAGCUGAAACUAUUUUCUCAUGCUGAUACUAUGAUUUUGCCGUGAAAACAUCUGUGUCACACCAGUGCCUUAUAGAGCUGCUAGCAUGACUGCUAACUUUUUCAGGAGCCCAAAAAACAUACUUUGUUUUACACUUUUACGUUUUUCCUGAAAAAAUAUGUUGUGAAGGUAAUAUAAAACCAAGAAAGAAAAUGUGAAAAGCCUACUAAAAACACUUCAGUACUAAAAUCAACUAGUGGUUAACCGUUUGCUGUAUGUUUAAGUAAGCCAGCUAACUUCAGAGCACGCCUCCUACAUUUCCCAGAAAUUAGAGACCUGUUCAAAAGUGAACAAAGGGGCUCUGUGAGUUCUUAUCAAAGCAUUAAGUGUGAUUACACCAAAAACUGACAUCAACCACAACCUGAAACAACCGAAACUUGAAAUAACAAUAGCAUUGACACACUUUUUUAAGGUUCAUCAAUAUCCACUGAUUCAUAGUCUGCUAAUGUUUGAGUAAGACGGCUCGAGGAAUUCACCCAAGCUCAAACCUUCCUCUUGUAAUUAUCAUAAGUUCAUCUAUGGCAUCUAUUUUCUUUCCUUUGUUACACUCUUCUGUUUUCCUCGGCUUUCAUUAUGAAUAAUCCCCCACAUCAUGUUCCUCCGCCUCUCUUGGUCUUUCUCUGAUGAGUUGUCACCAUCUUGUCCAAACGGCUUUGUUAAAGUGAAGUCAUUCAGGAGACGAUGAUGGGAGCCGACUGUUUUCCUGUUUGAGUUACUCUCUGAUUGCUUUCCAGUCUUCGCUCAUCCAUGUGUCUAAACACUCGUCCUCAUGUCCCUGCUCUAUUUAGGCCUCCGACAGAAGAGCCUUUUAUUACAGCUUCAAAUCUUUAUCGGGAUGCUCCUGGCAGUUUGGUAGCCCACUAUAAAUCAUUUUGUAGAGCAGAAGUUAAGGCUGGUACAUUAUCUACACUUUUCAGUACAGUGACUCACUCUCUGCUGAUGUUUUGUGUCAUAUUUGCAGUGUCUUUUAUGUGAAUAUUCGUUCUCUUUUUCAAGUUUUUAGGUCAGUCUUGAGUGUAUUCAUCUCAGGACAGAGCAGGAGGGCAAGAAAAGGCCACUCUCAUCAGUGCUGUCAUUCGUCUCCUAUGUUAGGACAGUUUUUACCAUCAAGUCUAAUUAGUGUUGAUUGGAAACUUCAGUAUAUCAUGGAGGGUGAGAUCACAGAGAAGAUAUCUUAAUGGUUUGGUGAAGUACUUCUGCUUAAGUGUGAGCUUGUUAUUCACAAAAACAGCACUGCCCACCCCCUUAGACAAACAAGUCUGACAAGAAGUGUUUUUUAUUUGCUGAGUAAUGCAUUUGAAGUGAAUAAGUGUUAGGCCUUCAUUAUAAAAGCUGUAAAACGAUCUUUAUACCACAUAAAAUAGAAGACCUAGAAGACUAUGUAUUAGCAUUUCCAUUGUUUUUCAAUCUCUAAAAUGAUCUCAUACAUCCUUGCGCUAUAAUACGUUUACAGAUCAUUUUGUUUUUAUAGGGAAAAUUAACUCAUCAAAACUUUUUAAUUAAUUUCUCAAUACAGUGAGUCAUGUUUCAUUUCCUCUUGAAUUCAAGAUGAAGACAAUGACUAUCAAAGGCCUCAUCGCUCGCAUAUCUCUGACUCAAAGAAAAAACAACAUCUGAAUCAUUGAUUUGGAUCGUGUUUGUUGUAUGACGCCCUGAUUGCUCAGUGAGAACACAUUUUUCUUUUCCUCACAGCUGUUAUUGUUUGUUGUCAGACUUGGCCGACACUCUGCGUGUUUCAUAGGACACUUCCGCGCUGCGUCUGCUUCUUGCGAGGCUUUGUCUUCAGUAUAAUAUGGUGGUUGGCGGCGCCAUGCCGGGGUUGAAUGUGGUACUCGGGGUAGACCCAGACAGAUGGGUUUGCCUUUUGGUCAAAAGAGUUCUGUGUCAGAGUGAUGAUACGGUUUUCUCCCAUGUCUUUGUGAAAAAUCCGUCUCCAAUCAAAGCAACCCAGCCAGACUCUGGUUUAGAUAGUAAUGAAAACCAAAUGGUGACAAGAGGAGAGUGAGAGAAAUAGAGGAGGGGAGCGUCUAAGAGAGGGAAGUUGUUUUGUGGUGGCUUUAGAAGAGGAGAGAGUGUGAGGAGGUUAGAGAGUGACGGCAAAGAACAAGGGGAAAGGGAGUGAAGAGAUUUAAAAGGCUGAAGGAUUACAUAAAGGCAGAUAUUCAGGCAAAAAACUUGAGACAGAAUUUACUGGAAGAGGACAAAAGUCACAUGAGACUUUGUUCCUAUAAGCUUGUAUCGUCAUUCAUUUUCAUGCCUUCUUUCUUCUGCGUGUUGGUGACAGUCUGUAAGAAAUUCACGCCUCAAAGUUCAAGCUUCAUUUGUGAUGUAAAGAGAACAUUGUGUAUUGGACCCAUUACUUCAUGUUUCUUUAUCCCAUAUGACACCAUCCCUCCCCUCUGAACCUCUCCAGCAGAUCAACAGAUCAAAACAAUGUGAGUAAUUUGGCCACUCACAGCCCGGUGAAAACACAUAUAUAGGUGUCGAGUGCCUUACCAAAGCGGUUGUGCAUACAGCAACACCUCAGCCUCAACGUGGCAGACCCCCGGGCUCUGUUUGUCUUUAAACAUUUACUUUCAAAGGAUUAAUGCUCGCGGGCGCCAGGUCCUUGCGCCGAGACAAAAAGGCGACACCAGGAAUUCAAACACAGGAGUUCAAACAGAGAUCUCUGUACCUUUGACAGAUUUCUCAGACCACCAUAUUUAUGUUUUCAGUUUGCGGCCCCCUUUCUUUGCUAUAGUGAUGAGAGCUGAUAUCUACGUAACUCACAGCAGACGGCACAUGACACUCCGCAGAAGAAUUUUGUCCUUGUUUCAUCCCAGAGGAAAGCCAAAAGAACCUGAGAUUGAAGAAGAUUUCAGUGAAUAUAAAUAUUGUUUAACGAAAACUGAGGCCUGUUUGUGCCGGUUUGAUUUCUGAUUUGUUUGACGUUAUUCCUUGAAGGCAGCACAGAAAUGUCAUGACGUGCUUUGCUGCAAACAGUCACAUUAACCAUGUCAUCCUCUGGUUCCAUCCACAGCCGUCCUUAAUAUGGACAACACAGUCGUCGACCUGGAGACUCUGCACGCCCUUUAUGAAAACGUGAGUAGAAAAAAAAAAAAAAAAGCACUUAAGCGGUCUUUGGAAUCGUAGCUAUGUCUUUCUGGUUACAGCAGUAAUAAACAUUUUUAAACCUUGCAAAUUUUUGACUUUGAAGACGGUAUUUUUAUGGCUCAUGUGGACAGUGGUUUCAGCAAAGUCAAUAAAACAGCGAAAAGACAAUAUCUCCAAACUGAAAUCCAUUUCUGCAAUUUCCUGCCAGUGCAGAAUCGUAAAAAUACACAGUGUUGAGCAACAAACCCAGGAUAAUUAUACAAAGUAACACCAGUGACAGCUCAGGCUGAUCUCGACUGCAAUAUUCACUCUGGGAAAACCUUUUUUUUUUUCUUCUCCUUCUGUGGUUUUCAGCUGAAGUAUUAUUUUGGAACAGUCUCCUUGUGACAAAUAGGAUGAUUUAUGGUUACACUAUUCAUGCCAUAUAUGAAUAACAGGCAAUCAUUUUAUUACAAAAUGAAACCUAAGAGGACUCAACAAGUCUUGAUAUCAACAGAAUGGUGAAAAAAUCUCUCAUCAACUGUUAGUGAUGUUUUAUUUGGCACUUCCCUGACGGUAAACCACAAAACACCAAGUGCUAUCCAUCAAAAGGAGCCUUUUGAAGAUUAUGAGGGUCUGAACGUAUGUAUACAGUGUAGGUGGGAGGGAGAAAAACACUUUUAAUUAAAUUUGUGUGUUGAUUAUACAAAGCGACAUGGUUUUUAAGCUGUCAGUCAGAAAUGUUACCUCACUGUGUACAUAUUUCCCUUAUGUGGAGUUCUUAAUUCACGUUCCACUUGAAAGAUUGAACUCAAGGAAGUGUGCGUUAGACACCAAAACAAACAGGCCCGCCACAAACCCUACUGGUAUGUGUGCUGUUUGGCGACAGAAUCGGCCUUGUGUAGGUCUGUCUGCUGAAACUUUUUCAUGUAGUAAACAUGUUUUCCUUGAGAAUGCGAUGGGAAUAAUAGGGAAAGUGUAGUGUUUGUGUCGUGCAGCUCUUCUUCAAGGUCCUCAUGUGGUUUUAAAAGAGAAAGAAAGAAAGAAAGAAAGAGUACGUGGAGCUUUUGUCGGGUGAAAUGACCACAUUGUGUUGUAUAAUACUUGCAUAAAUAGAGUUAUGGAGCUGUCAUCGCUUCUUUCCAAUAUGUCUCUCCAUUUUUGGCUCUGAAGGGCUCCUUGUAUACGAUAAAUACAUAUUCAUCAACCUUCACUGAUAGGAAGUCUUUCCCCUGCCCGGUGGAAACAGUUCAGUCUACGUUCGAAGUCAGGUCAGUAAAUAAUGGAACAUGAAAAACGGGCAUGUUUUCCACAUUUCACCAAGAAUACAGUUUUAAGAUGCUGUGAAAUUCCUGCGAAUUGCUUUUUGGCACAACUACACAGGAGAGGCCUGGUCCUUUGGCUGCCAGAGGCAUAUUAAUAAUGUUGAUCAUGGGAAUGAGACGGAGGCUCGAGACAAGCUGCAGUUAUGAACCAAUGUGUCAUAACUGAGGAUCAAAAGUCUUCUAACCUCCCCGCUCACCCGGGACUUCAAGCCCUCUCUCUCCCUCUCUCUCUCUCUCUUUCUCCCUCCCUCUCUCUCUCUCUCUUUCCCUUUCUCUCUCUCUCUCUCUCUCCUUCUCCCCCUGAUGGCCCGAGGCUGUGUUAUUGAGUCGAGGAGCCAAAUUGUUUCUCUUUUGUAUUGCGAGACUCCAUCCUGUCUGUGGGUCUCCAGCCCCCUAAACCACAGUUGGCAGCACAGUCAGCCUGUCUUGAGGAAUGCAAGGGGCUUCUAAUGGUUACACCCUCGCUCACUGCGCUAGGAACCAGAUCACACACUGCUCUCCCUCACUCUCUUUUCUGUCUCACACACACACACACACAAACAUGCUCACAAACAAACAAUUUGACCCACACAAACGUGCACACACUGUGCUGCUGCUGCUGCUGCACACUCGCACACAGAAACACACACACAGGCAAAGGGACAGAGUCGCUCAGUCUAUGAGCUCGCGGAUUAUAGCCACUCCUGGUCUUUGAACAAUAAGCCUCCGCCAUUUAAGGGGUCACAGUGAUAGUGGGACACCACUCCCUCCCCUCUAAUAUCACAAGCUAUAAUCUGGGCCCAGACUGGAUGUCUGAAGUUCAGACUCCUUUCAGCUGACAGUAGCUAAAUGUCACAGAGGUCAGUCGAAGCCAAAGUCCCUCCUCCAAACUACAAAUAAUCACCUCAUACUUCUUUUUUUUUUGUCCACUGCAUGGCCUGGUGAUUCAUAAACAUAUCUGACAUGUUUAUUACAUGAUGCAAUAUGUCAUUUGGACACCAUCCUUUGGCAGCUUAAUGUACAAAUAAUCUCAUAAAUGUUGUUCCAUUGAAAAUUGAGUGACAUAAAUAGUGAUUGAGCCCUGGCUGGCUCUGUUUAGGCCUGUGUUAGAAACCUGACUAAUGAAUACCACUUGGCUACCACUCGAAUUCUGGCAUCCCAAAUAUCAUCCCACUUUUUCCCCUUUGCAUUUGAUAUUCCACAUGGGACUGCAUUUCUCAUGCUAACAACCACUGCAACAUGCCCUAGCAAUUCAAAGAUCACACGCUAAUGCCUACUUGUCCCCAAUUACACCAAACACUGCUGGGCUCAGCUGCUGCCCUUUGAAAAGGAUCUGCUUUGUAUUAAAUAUAUUUACACUUGAAAACAUCUCGAGAGAAGGCGAAGGAGAGCUUGCCCUCGUCGACAGAAGGCAGCGGUGUGUAGAAUACUAAUCGGGCCCUCAGUGCGUUUGAUGCCGGUGUUUGAAGUUUUCCAAGGAUCCAUGCCGAGGUUGAACUCCAGAGAGAAGGAUGGAGAGAAACAGAAGGAGAGACCAGACGGCUGAGACUCUUUGGGGGUCUGCAGGCUGAGAGAGAGUUUACAUUUUCUUCCUGGGGAUGGUUUUAUUGUUUGGCCCAUCUGCGUCAGACACAUUAACAUCUAUUGUCUUUGCCUCUUGUGAAAUGAAGGGGCAUAUCUAGCCUGUUGUUUUUUUCUACCACCUUGUAUAAAACUGUGGUCCAGAGCCUGACAGCAGGAUAACAGUCAGGAAUGUAGUCUGGCUGGGGGCAGCGCUUUAGCAUUUCUGAAAUGUAUACUGUGGAGAUUGACAUACGGUUGAGUUAUAGCAAAAAAAAAAAAGGUGGUUUGAGAAUACUUUCUCAGUUUUUGAAGCUCAAGUUCGCCAGACAGGAAGACAAUUGAUGACAAAAUCAGUCUCCUCAGAGAUGUCUUUAGUAGUUUUUUUUAUCCUAUACUGCUAUCAACAUCAGCAUAAAUUUAAGGUAAGCAGAGCAGAUAGCCAAUCUUACAGAUACUGCAUAGAAAUGCUAAAUCUGUUGGUGCAGGACUCCACAGGGGCAUCAGAGGAGCUCUGGCUUCAAUUGAGUCUGAGCAGUGUUGUGCUGUCAUCUCAGCAUGCUUUGGCUGUUCACAGUGAAACAGUCUGUGUGGAAAUAAAAGAGUCAUAACACAAUGCUAUACUGUAACACACCAGCUAUCAUAACAUUGAUGCUUUUGGACCAAACAACAUUUUGAAGAGGAACUAUUUUCCGGAGAGUCCCCUGAUAAUUACACAGCAUUAGACUUUUUCUCUAUAUGCAUUCACAUCACCAUGAUAAUGAGACCAAUAGAAACCUCUGAGUUGUGUUCAGCAUGGCAGAUAACCUGCUAGCUUUUAUCAGAUCCACUUUGCUGUGGUCUUUUACAUUCUGUAGUCUUGUCUGAGUUCUUACAACACUCCCUCUCCUUGUAGUUGGUACCCAGUGAAGCUAACUCUCAGGAAAUACUUUCAAAGAUUUUAAAAAAGCCUUGCCAAGCCAAAAUCACAUUGUAAUUGAAUCUUCUCCUUUACAUAAACACUCAAAAGCCUGGACUUCAUUGUUGGUUUAUUUGUUGUUCUUUUUUUCUAUUAUGAACAAUUUUAAGAGCUUUUGCCAACCUAUUAUUUUCUGAUUUUUGCUAAUGUUUUCAGUGUGAUUUAAAAAUAGUGGUUAUGUUCAACCAAUCAACAAACAGUCACUUAUGGACCAAUCACUGUGCACUUAAGUUAUUCAAAGUACCUACUCUGGAGCAGGAACUAAAAAAAUUCACUUUAUUGGGUUCUAGGAACUAAAACAGCCCAUAGUUUAUCUGGUGUGGAAACAAUUAGAAAAGGGAGGGAUCCUGCAGUUUCCAGAACCAUGAAAAAGUUCCUACAGCUUGACCUUAAAUCAUGUCUACGAACAGACACCUGCAUACAAGUGGAGUUGAUAAUCUCCUCAUUUUUGCCAUUUCUCAACACAACUGCACCAACACUAGUUAGACUGUAAACAAUGGCACACACAAAGAGCAAGUCUUUACCAGAAGUCCCUUAUGUCUGACUGCUUCAUGCAUAGCUUUCAAAAGUUCACUGUUGCUCCCAAAUGCUUUAUAUGUUAAGGAUAGCUAAUGGAUUAGGAGACUGAUCGAUAGCAGUUAAAAGUGUCACCUUUUAUUUACAUCUUUACUAUCUGUAAUUUGUCAGUUUUUGGUAUAAUCUUAUGACGAAAAGAUGUAAGUAACCCACCAUUUCUUAUGCAUUACUAGCACAUUUAUGAAGCUUUACAGAUCUCAAUAUCCUUAUAAAUAAGAAUUUAUAGCAGCUUAUAGCAAUGUUUAUGAAGGGUUUUAGGCAGUAAAUAUAAUGCCAAAUGAAGAUUUUAAUACAGCUUGACUCUAAACAUACUUAAAUGCAAAACUAAGAAAAGCAUCUUUUAAAUUCUUGGUUUCGUAACACAUCAUGACCUCUACAACUUUAUCCACUUAUAAAACUUCGUAGGGAACUCAUUUAGUAUAUAAACAAAUCAAGCCCUAAGUACAAUUUUGACUCAAAAAAUCUGUUUCAUUUCAACAAAACAUGGGCCUUUGAACAACUGUCCCCAUUUGUUUGAAAUUUAAAAAGUAGCAUGUCUUCUUUUCACUUUUAUUAAGUGUAUCUAAGACUGUGGGCCCCUGAAAAAGCACCAAAGGCCAUGCUAUACCAUAUUAAGAGUAUUAAUGACACAUUUUUUUCAUAAAGCUUUACAGAUGCAGCCAUAAAGCUUUAUAAAUGUGCUUUUGAUGCAGUAUUUGUGGUCUGUUUAAAGUGUUGCUAUAAAAUUCAUCAUGAUUGUAAACCUCUGCACAGAGUGUUAAUAAGUGAGUCUUAUUGUUUGGACAGAUAAUUAGAAGAUGUGCCGCCCACCUCUGCUUGUCAGUUGCCUCUGAAACAGGAGUCUUUUCAACUGAGCCGACAUCCCACAGGGUUUAAAUACUUAAUAGUAAACCACUGUUUACUGACAUGACAUGAUUAAGAGGUGCACCAGCUUUGCUUGCAUGGCUUCAUAUCCCAAAAUGCUUUGCACAGGAAGGCAGGCUAUUGCAAUGCACAGUAAAUCUGGCAUAGUUUCAGCUGUGUCACUCUGCACAGUCUCCCCUGAAGAGGAGCCAAUGUUCACAUCUCCCUAUCCAAACAUGCACAGUGCAUGAUUUAGCUUUGAGCAAUCUCAGUAUCUGUACAAUAUCUGUAAAAUAUAAAGUUGGUUAUAUUUUCCAAGAAUGAAGCAUUGUUCAGGAAGGAGUUGUGGCAAGUGAUCAGGAGAUGAUGAACAUCCCCUCUAUCCUCUUCCCUCCUGUCAUUGUCCUGUUUUACUUUCUUUCAUGUUUGUUUCAUGGUUUAAGGGUUACACCACAAAUGAAAUAGAUUCUAUAUUCCUUCUCCAAGUUUAUUUACGCUGUUGGUUACCAAGGUUUAUAACGCAGCAAAACAUAUACCUCCAAUACAAGUACAAAAGAAACACAGAGGAAUGUGUUUGAACACCACACUUGUAUGUUUACCACAUCUGGUCGGACACGCACAACUCUAGUUUAUGCCAAUGUGUUUGGCAUCAGAGCCUUAAUUUCUAACAGUUCCUGAUGUUUCUAUGAUCAAACUAUGCGCAGAUUGUAGUCAAGUCAGCAAUUCUGAUGCUCAGUUUAACUUUUUUUAUGGACAGAGAGCACAACCCGAUGAGAUGGAUGGCAUUAAUAAGCAUAUUCAAGCAUCCAAAGGCAAAGAGGACACCAAGCCUCUGGACAAGCCUGAACAGUAAGCAUUAAACCAAAUAUGUUGUCUGAGAGCUGCUCUUUAAAUAUAUCGAUGUGAUUGACUUUGAUUCUCUGUCAGGUUUUUACUCCAGUUAUCCCAAAUCCCAAACUUCUCUGAGCGAGUGUUCUGCAUCCUGUUCCAGUCAACUUUCCAUGAAUGUAUCACCUCGAUCCUCCGCAAAAUAGAAAUCCUUCAGAGGGUCUGCAAGGUGAGACACUGGCCUUCCUCUUUCUCUGCUCUUGGCCUUCACGUCUACAUUAUUUUGAUUAUGUGCAAUACUCUGUGUUUGUGUGUGUGUGCACCAGACUCUGCAGACUGGUCAGUGUGUGCUGCAGGUGCUUGGUCUGGUGCUGGCUUUUGGCAACUUCAUGAACGGAGGCAAUCGGUCCCGAGGGCAGGCUGACGGCUUCACCUUGGACAUCCUGCCAAAACUGAAGGACGUGAAGAGCAGUGUGAGUCUGUGUGUCACAGAAGUUAAAGUAAACAUUCCUCACUCUAAAACCUCAUUUCACACAUGAACGCCUGACAUUAUCCAGAUAAUUCAAGGUCAUUCAGGACCUGAUAUUUUCAGGCACUCAGACUGAAAAAGAGGAUAGUAUUGGAAAUCGAAGAAGCGUAUUUAUUGCAGUCUGAGGGGUGAAAGAACAUUUAUGAUAUUAUUGCACUUACUAAGGGGGUAAUUUUGCGUUUAAUAUUAAUCUUACAUUGUGUCUCAUUAUUGUCGGUGGUGAUCCCAGGGGGUGUCUUAGGGUAGAAAAAGCAAAGGCUUCUGAUUUGUUUAUCGAGGUGCAGCUUCAACUAAUUCAAUCAGCUUUGCUGCAAAAGGUUUCAGGAAGCUUUUUUGGCACUUUGGUGUUGCAUAUUUUGGUAACACUUUACUUGACACCCACCUUUAUAACACAUCAUAAAUAUAUGUAUAAUGCAUUAUAAUCACGUUAUAGCACUGUUUAACUAUAGUUAUAAACACUUAUAAAAUGAUCAUAAUGCUUUAAAGCAAUAAUCAUAACACAUUAUAAAGCAUGUUAUCAUGACUUACAAGGUCAGGUAUUAUAAUGUGUUAUAACUGUUAACAACUCACUGACAAUGCCCACAUGGAUAAUGCACUAAACAUAUAUUAAUUAUGAGUCAUAAGUUGCUUAUAAACUUUAACUAUCAUUAUAAACACUCAUUAUCACAAGGCUAUAUAACAAUACGUAUAACACAUUAUAAUACCUGAUCUUGUAAGUCAUGAUAAAAUGCUUUAUAAUGUGUUAUGAUUAUUGCUAUAAAGCAUUAUGAUCAUUUAUGAGUGUUUAAAACUAUAGUUAUACAGUGCUAUAACGUGAUUAUAAUGCAUUAUAAGUAUAUUUAUAAUGGGUUAUAGAGAUAAGCGUCAGGUGAAGUGUUACCCAUAUUUUUAUUUGUUGCUCGUUUUGUUGAUUUUUUUUUUCACAACUUCCAAAGACACAUUUACUUCUUGAGUCUUUAAAGAAUGAAACAUGGAAAAAAUAUAUUUAUUUUGAUAUUUUGAAGUUAAAAAAGUAAGAGCAGAGGAACGUGAUAACUGAAUGAUAAGACAGAGCAGCCAAAAUGUGAAAGAUUUCUGUUGUGCCCUGACUAUGGUGAGUUAUAAUCCCAACAGAAAAUAAGUUUCAUCAGAUUGUGCAAAUUUAAAGUGAUGUAGGAAAAUUAUAAAUCCUAAUCAAGAUCUGUUUUAAAAUCUUCCCAUUUGUUAGGGUCCAGAACUGAAAAUUAAGUAAAUUAGAAAGAGGAACAUUCGAAGCAGCCAAGCAUGAGGAUCUUAGCUGUACAGACUUGGGUGAUGUUUUUUUUAAUGUUCUUACUCAAUAUCACAGCGUGCUCAGUGUGCCCCUGGCACAGCCAUAUAAGGACACAGCGGUUUGUGUUUUUGCGGUGGUGGACCGAGUAAGGUAUCCAUAAAGAACAUCAAACUUUCCACCAACUCUGAGUUAUGACAGCCGGCCCAGCUCAGUUAUGUUUUGUUGUUUUGCUCUUCCAAUGUCAAGAUUUAUGCCCAACGUCUGUGACCGCUGUGUCUAUUCUUGUUUGCCUUGCGCAAAUUAAAACGUCCUGCUCGGCCAUGAUUAAAUUAAUAAAUAAAGGGAAUUUGGUUUAUUUAUUUAGACCUCUCUCUUUUCUUUCAGGAUAACUCCCAGAGCCUUUUGUCCUACAUUGUUGCUUACUAUCUAAGGCACUUUGAUGAGGUAUGUUUUGGUCUCUGUUUAUUUGAAUCACUUUUCUGUUUGAGUCUGAUUUGCUUAGAAAUCCUUCCAGAGCUUUCUUUUCAUCUCCUCUCUUGCCAGAGGAUACCAUGGCUUAUCCUUUAUCAAAUUAUUUAUUUUCUCUCUCCUCAUUUUAGACAGGAACAAAUCUCUCUCCUUGCUCUUGCUCUCUUUUAAUUCCCUUUUCUGUCUUUCACUCUUCAUCUCCUGCUCUCGCUCUGCUUUGUUCUGGGUUCAUUCAGACCUGCAGUCUGUUCGUUGGCACAGCAUCCAAAGGAGCGCUAGUGUAAAUAAUUAGGCUCUCCAGAUGAGAUGAACUCAGUAAAGUGCAGCUCGCCAAAAUCAACCUGCAUGACAUGGCUCCAGCAUUCAUAAUGGCCUUGUAGUAACUCUGCAGGAGAGAAAUACAGGGUACUUUCUGCACAGAGCUUAAUGGUCAUUAUCUGCUGCAGUUUCAGCCGUAUCUUCUCUGCAGUGUUUGCACUGCUGAUAAGCACAUGUAGGUCUCUGAAGACAUUUAUUCCAAUCUUGCUUGGUGUGUUUAGUAUAUACUAGAGAGGCCCCUUCCCAUUUGAAGAAGAUUGACUUUGACAUUGCUGUGUGUGCUUUUUGUGCAAUGAUGUGUGUUGUGCUUUACCAGGAUGCUGGCAGAGAAACGUGCGUCUACCCUCUGCCCGAGCCCCACGACCUUUUUCAGGCCUCCCAGAUGAAGUUUGACGACUUUCAAAGAGAUUUGCGCAAACUGAGGAAAGAUCUCAAUGGUGAGUUACCGACCUAUGUUUCCCGGUUAUCCUUAGUCAUCUUAGCAUAUCCAAAACUUACAUACUACCUAGCUACAACUAUGAGGUAGUAACAACCUGGCUAUGCCAUACGUUUACUGUUAAUGUCAUAUCAUGUCUACAGUUUAUCAUAGAAAAUCAUAGAAAUUUAUGUUGCGAUAAAUGAUUUAUAGAUCUAUGCAUAACUUCUUGCGCAAUAAAAAAUAAAUUUUCCAAAUUUGACCAGCCUCAGUCAUGGCUGGAUUGGAGAAGCGGGUCAACAGAGAGAUAUCAUCUGUUUGUCGUACAGACGAGCUAAGCAGAAGCAGAUGUGACUCGUCAGAUGUUGACUCCUGUUGGAACUUGUGUGCCUCUACUGUCCUCAUGAAAUAGAGAUCAAAACAUAAAAGGCAAAGGGUCAGGGUUCUUAUUUUACCUGUGGACAUUUUGAAAGGUUCAUCAGCUUUUCAGUGAGCUAGCAGAGGUUGUCCUUCAGCUUUGAAACACAUCAUUCAGUGAGCUGCAAACCAUCACAAAGCAGUAAAACCUACGGACCCCUGCGUGUUAUUAUGCUGGUUGUGUGUGUAAAAAAUAAAAGGGGGUCUUUUUGUGGGAUCCACGGUUACAUACAGCCUGAUGGACAUUGUUUUUUAUUAUUAUACAAGUGGAAAUUAAAUUAAUUUAAUAUUUUGCCAUUAUUUUUUCUUUUUAGUCAUAAUCUGAUAUAUUUUCACACACGCAGCAUUACCUUUGUUUUAAGACUCACACAGGCUCUUCAGGCAGAUUAGGGGUAUUUUGCACACCCUCAAACACAUAGCUAAGUCGACUGUUGCAAUAUACGCUCAUAGAAAUUCAAGAUGUUUUCUAGAUAUGCGUUUUAGCAAAAUAAUGAGUAAUGUAAUGAAAGUUGCAACCAAUGAGCAUGUGAGGGAAACUGACUUACAUAAAUUAAAUAUAUGAUUUUGGUCUUAGUUUCUUAAAAUAAUUAAUAGUCUUUAAAGUGCCGCACUGAGCAAUUUGCUUACAAGAAAUUAAGUUUUGUUAAUAGCUAUAACCAGCGAGGAUGUUGUAGCAUGAGUGUACAGAUAUUAAAAAAUGUUUUAUGAAAUAAGAGUAUAAAGAAAAAAAAGUUUUUUGUAAACCUUUGCACAUCUGGAUGUCUGUUUUAUGUCAAAUUGUGCAACAUUUGAUGAUUUAAAUUUUCACAUUUCCUCAAUAAUUCAUUUGUUUCUUGUUCGAUAAGUUCCCUGGUUAUACUUCUAGCUUAGUCGCUAAAUCUGAUAUGACACUUAAUUUUUACCAACUUUGGUGAACUCCAAAUUUAUCAAAACACCACCAUACUACGCUACACGUGUGUUUCUCUUUGCAGGGGCUUUUAACUAAAAUUUAAACAUGUAAAAAUGCAAACACUUCACAUGAUUAGUAGCAUAACUUGCGCAUGAAUGAAUGUGUCAGUGCAUAUGAAGGCUUCAGGAGUGUGCAGAGUGUGGAAAUUGGAUUAUGCUUGACAUGCUAAACUGAUUGUUUGAGUGAAAAGAGUCUUAAUGAAUGAGCCAAUCGGGAAAUAUUCCCUUUCAUGACUCUGUCUCAAGUCACUCGGCACUCAGAACACUUUCCAAAACCUGAAGUGCCUGCAGGUGGUAACAAACGACUGUGUAUUUUUGUGUAAACCUAUGUGUGCACAUGUGUGAGUAAGAAUGUGUGUGUUUAUGUGAGUUAGUGCUUGAGCAGCUCUAUCGGCAAUUCCCCAAACCUGGUCUGUUCUCUAUCACAUUUUAUGUAUCUUUGCUGUUAAACCAAUCAGGUGCCUGGUCUGUGAUGCCAAAUAUUGUUUUUCCUCGACCAUAAUGAUUCUUUAGGCUGUUCAUUAUUUGCAAUUCAUAAAGAUGGAGUUGCUCGCAGGGGAAAUGGACUUACGUCUGCUCUGACCCCGGUGGCAGUGGCACAUGCCGGCCGUGCAUAAAUACAUCAUCACAUGCUGUACCUGCAGACCUCUUCAUUACUUCGCAGAGCCAGCUGAGUGCUCUAGCAGACCUGGGCUUUGAUGACAGUUCCCAGCGGGGGGUUCCGAUAGGUAGGCGGCGCAGAAAUGGCCUUGGCUAGCCCGAAGGACUUGAGCAAGCCGUGCAGUGGAGAGGGAUGGCUGUGUGCCUUUCUAGCCGAGCAACAGAUGGUCUCUGAAUUACCACUUGCCCAAGCUCGACCUCCUCGUUCCUUUAAGGGUUUCAUGGCCUCUCCACUUUUAAGGUCUUGAGUGGAGUUUGUGUAUCUGUUAUGGUUGCAUAUAGAGCAUGACCAUAAAUUUCUCCUGGGAGCAGUACGCGGGCCUUCCUGGAUCAUGGGGUACCUUAUUAGUCAUUACGUGUCAUUAUGUCCUUGCCAACACUUACUCAGCAGAAAUCCAGCGGAGAUUUAUGAUUGCUUGCAAGCUCAGCCAGGGUCAAGUGCACUGCGGAGUUAGACAUUUCAGCACAAAUCCUUGAUUGAGUGUUAUUUAUCUAAAAUAUUUUUUGUUUUAUCCUCUCAUCAUGAAAUUCUCUUGUUGUUUUAGUGUGCUCAAGCGAGACGGCGAAAGUUUGCCAAUCGUCCUCUGAAGGGGACCUGCAGCCCUUUAAGGACAAGAUGGAUGAAUUUCUGAGCCAAGGUAAGGCUGAAUACUUAACUUUUUCUAGUCACAUUAGCCUGGACCUACUUCGGGGCGAUCAUGCCAAUUUAUUGGGGGGAUUUUGGGGUGCAUCCCAGUUUCUACUUGGUCAGUGCUGAUGCUAGGCCCAGAUUAUUUGGUACUGUGGGGGUGGGUUAGCAAGAGGCGAACAGGAUAAACGAUGAAAACACGGUCACUUUUAUCACUCUACUGUUUGUUUGUACUAUAGGAAAGGUUGUCUUAUUCACUACGUUUCUUUGUCUGUCAGGGUUUUGUUUACUACCUGGCUUCCCAGCAACGUUCCCAUAGUGUUCAACAGCCAGCUCAGAGCCUGGUGUGUAGAUAUUGGCAGGACAUCUAGGCCAGUUUCAGUUUGAUUGAACCAUAUACAUGACAGGGAAUCUGAUCCCCAACCACAUUAUCCAAGGAUGUUAGUCCAACAAUGAGAAGUUCAUUCUCGGUCAGACUGGUGUGUUUGCUUGUUUCACUAGAACUGAGGGGAUAAAUCUAUUAUUUUGAGCAACAUGUAAACAUACUGUAUGUAAACUCCAUGUGUACUGCCAUUUUCACUCAUGACCCUGAACAGUAAUAGUUCAAUGAAUCUCUUCAAAUACAGAAAAUGACUGAACCGCCUGGUGAAGCGAAUCCACAACAAAUCGAGUCUUUACUGGUGUUUUCAAUGUUAGCUACAUUAGCGACAAACUGCAGCUUCUAUGAGGAUUUUUUUAGAUACGUUUAUGAAAUAGACUGAAUUUAUAUCCGUGUUUUAUGUGAUAUCUGGAGGUUUCUAUUUCCUAAUUCUUAAUGACUGACACCAGUGUGAGAGGGUACAUGUCUGCUGGGCAGCUUAAGAAUUGGUCCUGUUUUUACAAUCCACAUAAAACAGUCACUCUAAAUGAAACAUUUGACUGUCAAAAGUCGGAAGGACAUGAUAAGCCAAGAUUGCUUUGGCCACAGAGGGGCGCCAAAAUUGGCACAAAUCAAAGGUUCUUCACAGGAGCUUUAAAGAUAUGAUUUAGCUCUUACAAGAAAAACAAUGAGGAUGAUCAGAACGGUGCUUCUUUGAAAGUGAUUACAUUUAAAGGUGUUUUCAAUGCAAGUUCCAUUUAAAUGUAAGUGAGCGGCCAGUUUUAAAGACUUGAGUUUUACAGAUGUUUCUGAGCUCUGAUUCUUCUUUCAGUCUCGCAAGAGGGGGAAAAACAUGACCGUUGACCUUUUGCACAUGUAAAACAAUGUUUUCCUUCAGUAGUCAAACAAAACACUCGUGUACUUUAGUCUGGUUUUAUUCAGCAUCAACUUCUCCUUCUCCUUCCUUGCAACAUGCAAAUAUAUUCUUAGUUUGAAGGAAAAUGUGGUUUUGAUUUUUUUCUUAAAGUGAUAAUGACAAACAAGUUCUCUUAAUGGGCACCACAGGUGAGAUAAGGGACUCAGGCUGUGUUGAUAAUCAGACUCAAGCUGUCUUCAUUAACAUUUCCAAUGUUACCCUUGAAAUAUGAUCAAACUUUUAAUGGGCAGUGAAGUUGAACAUCUGGUCUGCCUGUCUGCGUCACCCUCAGACAGAGAGUUAAAACCUAAAGAGGUGAAUAAUUUAUCUCUCCAGAUUCAAAGGGCAUUGUGUGAUGAUAAUUCAUUGGCAUAUCUGAGUAGAAACUGCAUCUGUGGUGUGAGUGUAUGUGAAGUAGCUCAUCCAUCAGAAUGAUUUAAGUGCUCUUUGUCUGCAGACAUUUCCAAAUCUGUUCCAUGCUGCUUUCUGGUGGAUACACACACCAGGGUUCACUCUGUGUCGUUUCCAUAGGGACCUCUGUUUAUUCCAGGUUGUAUUGAAUAACUCACAGCCAUUGUUUCAAGUACGUCUAUCUGCUUUGAAGGAUUAGGACUGCACUUGGUAGCUAGGUCCUUUAUCUUGAUCUCUGCUGUAUAAAACAGAGUAAGUCUUGCUCUGGCUUAAAGGAAGGUUCAGGAUGGCCGUGGGUGAACCUGUCACUCAGCCUGUUAAAUUGACUGCAGAGAAAAGAAGUGAGGCCUGAGGGGUUUGAAUAAAGCGGACUUGUCCAGCACCUGGUCCCUUUAACUUUGUUCACUUGACGUCACGUUUUUGUCAUUUAUUUAGUCUUCUCCUCCAGUGUUAAUGAUUUUUCUUUGGUUCCUGUCUUCUUUUGUUUGUCUUCCCUCUGAUUUCUGCGAUGAGAUUUAUGAAAAAAAUGGUAGAAGCUGUGCUUUGCUUCCUUGCUUCUUUCUCUCCUUCACUCUAAUCUUCUCUCCUCUUGGUAAAUCAAAUAAACCUUCACAGUGAGGUGACGACUAAGAGGGUCACUAAAACCAUGAUGAUGAAUUCUUUGUAAACGAUGGGCACUUUCUCUCCCAUUGGCCCCUUUAGCUACCACUAUGAUAGAAGUCUACAGCCAUGCUAAUGGCUCUGUGAAGCUGUAUGUGCAGAUGUGCUUUGAGCUUAAUACUACUUUCACAACCAACAUAUUAAACUAUAACGCGACUCAUUCAAUUGGAAGUAGUUGAACUUCGAAAGUUCGUUUUCCAGGGAAAGGGUAUAUUUAUAGCACGUUUCCUUGCAAUAAUUCAAGUAGGGAUGCACCGAUCCGAUAUUUGGAUCGGAUAUUGGCUCUGAUAUUGACAAAUUAACUGGAUCAGAUAUCUGAUGAAUGAUGCUGAUCCAGCGUUCCGUUUCAGUCUUUUUUCCUUUGAAUUAAUAUCAUACACAGCAAAACAGUGAUUCUGUUCACUCUGUCUGCAGCUCUGUUACACCAUGUCUGUCUAUCCUUUUGCACAAAACGUUUACAAAGAAGUCUUACUUCUUUUUGCUGUGUGCUAGUGUGCAAUUUAUUAUUUGUUUAUAAAUGAUAUUAAGUAAAGCCUGAUGCUUUGACUCACAGGGCAAGGUAUAAAGUUUAUUCAUUCAACAGUAGUAUUGGAUCGAUGUCUGAUAUCAGCUGAUACAUUGAGCCCAGGUAUCGGUAUUGGAUUGGAUCGGAAAAAAAUGGAUCAGUGCAUCUCUAAAUUCAAGUAGCUGUAAAGAUGUAAUUGUCCUCUUCAUUGGUAUUUCAAUAUGUGCUUUUUGCUUCAAUAGACAACAAUCUACACACAUUUCUGUGAAUGAAGUCAGACUUUCAGGAUGGAGCGUCAAACUAGCAUUACAAACUAACCGUUCAGUUAGAUUUUAAAAUGGUUAGCAUUCAGUUUGAGACUUCAUCUUACAAGCUCUUAAGUUGCAAAAACAGCUGCAUUUCAGUCAUGUGACGGCACAAAACUACUUUAUUGGCUUACAUAUAAUACGCACCAGUGUUUGUUAGCUCAAUGCAUGACUAAAACACUUCAAAUCUAGAAGAUAGCAUACUCCGGUUAAGUUGGAUUGAGCCAUUCUUAUCUCCUUUUUCUGGACCAAAAUACGUCACGCAACGAGAUGCAAUACUUUGGUCUAAUCUCAGCCUUUUUAAAGCCUUAUGAUAUUGUGGCAGUGGCUCCAACCAGUGGCAGCUGACGGCGCUACAGCUCAGACACAACAUAUGAUCAGGAUUUCAGGCCUACACCAGUGGGAAUAUUAAUGAUGUGUUUAACUGACUUGUAAUCCUGGAGCUACUGUCAGGGAAGAUGAUGUUUGUUUGUUUGUUUGAUUGAUUGAUUGAUUGAUUGAUUGAUUGAUUGAUUGAUUGAUUGAUUGAUUGAUUGAUUGAUUGAUUGAUUGAUUGAUUGAUUGGUUGAUCGAAUGCUCAAGUUGCUACUCCACACUGACUUACACAGAGACAUGAAAUACAGGAUUCAUGAAAGAGAGCCCUGUGUUUGCUAGCUUUUGUUUUGACUGUCAUGUAGACGCAAACCAGAGAUAGAUAUCUAACCCGGAAAUCUCGAGAAGUCACGCAGCUACUUGUAGUUUUUUUGUUAUUACGGCUAAAUCCAUUGAAAGUGUAGUCAUGUUUAUCUGCCAUGUCCUCCAGAUGUCAUACAAUCAAGCUGUUUUCUGCAUAACCCGACAUCUACAGGAAAACAGUAUUGGAGUAUUGUGCUUCACAUCAAAGGUGUGAGACUCAGUUUGACGCUUGUUUUUACAUAACAAGUCAAAUAUAAUUCUUUAUGUAGCAUUGGCUCUGACCCAAACUCCAUCCAGUUGACUGUGACCAAUCUUUCUGAUGGACUCGGCACACAGUCUCAGGCCCCUCUUCCAACUGCUUUUGUAUUCAGAUGAGAGAGUCUAAUAUAUAGCAUAUGUUCUUCUCCAGUAAUGCUCACUGUCCAUCUUAAAGGAAGUCUGCAGAUGAAAGAAUAUCUCCCAUUUCCACUUCUCCCCCUCUCGCUUCCCUUUCUCUCUGUGUUUGAGAGAAAUAUGGGAGCUCUCUCUUUGAUGCAAAUGAUGAGGUUUUUCCCUCUGAGAGCAGAAUGUAAGCACCGUAACACGGACAUGUGACUCACAAGGCUCCAGACGGGAUUCUUGGGGUUCCUCUACUGCGGCGGUGAAAAAAAGAACAACAGCCAAAUGUCUUAUUUUUGUUAUUUCUGUAAUUUCUAAAAGGCCUGGGGUUAAACUGUUUCUGGCUCCACAGUUUAAACCGCUUUUGUUUAUUUUCUGACCAUGAAACUAACCACAGAAUAACAGUGGGAGCGGACUUGUUGGAGCUCGGCUGUUUGGUCUAGCUCGAUUUUCCCCGCUCGCUUCACAAAUUCUCAUGCAUGCAGGCCUUUGAUGGAGUCACUGAGACUAAAAAGAGAGCACUGGCUAUGUGAUAAUCUGUUUCUGAUGGACAUGAAGAUUAGUAUGACUGAUGUCAAACUCUCCCUCUGUUUUCAAAAACUCUAUCACAACAUGAAUGAGGAUUAGGUUACAAUGUACGUCUUAAGUGUAAAAACCACAUCAUGGUGAACACCCAUCAAAAGGAGCAUUGUAAUUUUAUAACAUUAAUCACAUGAUGCUAUUAAAGUACUCACCUCUUGGAAAAAAAUUAUUUUUUUUAUUUUUUUUUUUUAUUAAAAGCAUUUACUAGUUUAGUCAUUAUGCCUUAGUACUGCACUUCCCUCAUAUGAUCACAAUGAUACAAAAAAACAAGAAGAAAUUACGAGUUUAAAAAACAGAUGCUGUUAUUUUUUCUAUGUUGGUUGUUUUUAUUGUUUUGUUUUUAUCUUUUGUCAAUACAAAAAAAAACUUUAAAAGAUUUCCAGGCUGCAUAUUGGUGCAGUGGCUAACACUAUUGACUCACAGGGCUGGGCUUUUCUCUAUACAGUUUGUAUAUUGUCCUUGUGCUUGUCUGAUUCCUCUCACAAUCCAAAGACACGCUCAUCAGAUUAAUUGGUGGCGCUUUGGCCCAUAGAUGUGAAUGUUAAACUAUCUAGCAGUUUGUCUCUGUAUGUUAGUCCUGGAUGGAUAUUAAUAUUUCUGCGGUGUCAGCUAAAUAUAUGCAUUAUCUAACAUCUAGACACAUUUUAUGUGGGGGGACUAAAAAGUGCAUCAUAUCAUAUCAUAUCGUAUCAUAUUGAAUUGUAUUGUAUCAUAUCACAUCAUAUCGCAUCGCAUCAUAUUGUAUCAUAUCAUAUCCUAUCGUAUCAUAUCCUCUUGUAUCAUUUUGUAUCCCAUCAUAUCAUAUCAUAUCAUACUGGAUCAUUUCGCAUCGUAUUGCAUCAUAUCGUAUUGUAUCAUAUUGUAUCCCAUUACAUUGUCUCAUUUUGCAUCAUAUCGUAUUGUAUCAUAUCAUAUCCUAUCGUAUCAUAUCAUCUUGUUUCAUUUUGUAUCCCAUCGUAUCAUAUCGUAUUGUAUCAUAUCAUACUGGAUCAUUUCGCAUCAUAUUGCAUCAUAUCGUUUUGUAUCAUAUUGCAUCAUAUCGUUUUGUAUCACAUUGUAUCAUAUCUUAUUGUAUCAUAUUGUAUAAUGUCACAUCAUAUCGCAUCAUAUCCUAUCAUAUCAUAUUGUAUCAUAUUGUAUCGUAUUGUAUCGUAUCGUAUCGUAUCAUAUCAUAUCGUUUAUGUUCCCAAAAAUCAGCUCCUAACUAACUCUUGGAUAAAACAAAUUUCAAGCUGUUGAGUCCAUCUUUGAAUUAUUCAUAGUACUUUGAUAAAGUAAGUAAACAAAGACUAUGAGUAAGUCUUCAAUUGCUGUGUGAAUUUAAAUUAGUUCCUAAAAGAAAAUUCCUGGUAGAAAGAUGAUUGUAAAUGGACCUAUUCAUUUGAUUAAUGUCUUUGUCUGUAUUUAGGGGCAAAAUGGGACGUUACUCUGUCGUAUUAUUAAGUGUUGUGCUGGAACAGUUUGUGCAAAAUCUUUAAGAUGCAGCCCUGGCUUCAAUUACACAAAGCAACCAGAUAGUCCCUGGAUGAGAGCAGAACUGAGUUCUGUGCCAGGAAAGAUUCUCUGUCCCAUCCUCUGUCACGUCUGUCUUGGAAAGAAACAGGGAGGCCACGGGUCGUUUCUGAUCACUUGACAGUUUAAGACAGCAAAUAAUUGACCUCUAGAGGACAGAGAAUUUAAUGUGUAACCUUUUGUCAGCCAUACAGCAGCGCAGUGAAGAUUUAAACAGCUGGCUUGGGUCUACUGCCACUCUGUCAUAUUUGAAAAUGAACAAAAAAGUCCGCCCCAUGGAUGUGAAAUUUGAUAAGAAGUUACCCAGAGCAUUUCCCUGACUGAGGCUGUCACGUCUCACUGCUCUUCUCUUAUAUCAUCAUUUAGGAAACAGUCAAAAAGAUCCUGAUAGCCCACUGAGAUAAAUGUUGUGGCUAGCUAGGAAUAACUCCUAAUGUGUGCUGCAGUGUCCUAUCCCCAGUUUUCCGACUCUCUUUUACUCUAACAUGUUAAACACACACACAGACACACACACAGACAGACAGACAUAGACACACACACACACACACACACACACACACACACACACACACACAGUCAUCCGUCUCCAUUCGAAGUAACCCCUGCACAAAGAAGCACUUGUCCUGCGAUCUGCAAUCCUCAUUUGUCAGUUGUGCAACUGCAGGACAAUCCAGCACUUAAUAACCUGGUGGCACAGCUCUGACCUUCCAGAUGACUGUUGAUUGAAUUAAUGGUGACAUGUGGAAUCCUCCUCUUAUACUGAAGGUGAAAAGUGUGUUUUUUAGGAGAUCUUGUAUCUCUCCUAAUCCUAAUCUAAUCCUGUAUUUACUGUUGCUCUGCAGUUAUAAUCAGAACGUGUUUCUUUCUUUCUUUUUUUUUUUUUUUUUCUUUUUUACAGCUAAAACCGAGCUGGAAGCACAAGAAAAGCAACUUACGGACACUCAGAAAAUGUAAGACCUUUGAUUUUUUGUCUCUGAAACCUUUUCCUUCUCUGUCUUCACCUUUAAAAAGAUAAAUGCCACUUGCAUACUUCUUUUCUUCAUCCUAAAAACAUAUGUGCUCAUCAUAGCAUCUUUUCCAUCCCAAUACUGACACUGUUUGGGUGUUUGCCAAUACUGAGUAGAUUACCGAUAUCAGCAGAUGUCAAAGGUUCACUAGUUUUGACUAACAUACCAGUUUCUGUGGGCACUGUCCUGCUGUUGUAUUUAGCUGUGGGAAUGAUGUUCAACUUUUCUCCAUUGACAAAAAUGGUAUGCAACUUCUAACCAAGACUUCAAUACACUGCAUUACCUGAGAGGGUACCAAAUGUUCAAACUAAAGACUAAAUUAAACGUACUCCCCCAGCUUUGUCUGCAAAGUUGGCACCUUCAUUUUAUGGUUUAUUUUCUCCGUGAGUGGGUCUCAGUUUCAUUGUGAUAUUCUGACUUACUUCACUGGUAUGAACCUGGAAAUAAUAACAAUUAUCCCGUGAUUUACUCACAUAAAUACCAAAACCUGCUGAAACAUGUUUGAUUGGUUACUUUUUAAAGGGGUUUAUUAAAUAUAUUAAGCUCUGUAGCUGUUCUUACACCAUGUGGUCUUUUCCAGUAUAGUAGGCUUACACAACUGUUUGCAUUUCCAUUGUCAAAAGUUGGGAAAAGAUACCAAAAUAACUUUUAUUAGACUUGUGUACUUAAAUCAGUUAUGACUGUUUUAUGUACAUUUAUCAGAUGAUGCUUCUGAGUGUUGUAAAGGUGUUGUGGUUCAUAAAUGAGUGUGUAAUUCACACACAGACACCAGCUGAGCAUUGACGGGGGCACAGAGAUCAGUGCAAUGGUAGAGAGAGAGAUUGCAAAAGAGGGAAUAUUUCCUUUCACUUAAUGAUAAUUCACUGCAGGCUCGAAUGUAAAGCUCUGCAAGUUACUGCUUUACAAAAUAACUCUCCCAGCUUCCAAAAUAAAAACAUUAUGUAAAAGCAACGGGGGUCUCUCCACAGAAAACUGUAUCAGGUUUUGCUUUAAAAAGCGUUCCAGAAGUCCAACCAUCGUAUAUUUUUCAUGCUUGUGACAUAUACAUGACUGAUUCAAAGCCAACGCAGCCCUCAGCUAUUAUUUGUGUGUUUUUGGCGAAGAGCUGCAAGAGGCUCAUGUAAAAAAAAUCAGGAGAGAUGUGCUGCACGCGCUGGCAGUCUGAACGGUCUGAUAUGCUAACAUGCACAACAAAAUGAAAACCAAGCUGCUUCAGGAUCCAGCACAUAAAGUCAGGAUACAGUCUACUUGAAAUAAAAGCAAAAACACCACAACAAACUUUACCAAAUUGGACUGAACCAAUCUGGACUUCUCACUGGGAAUGCACCAUAGUCGUCAUACUCCUGAUACUUCUAGACCAAUAGCAUUACUGCAGUUUGUACCGAAACAACUCCAGGUAUGGCAGCUGCAGAAUAUAAACAUAACACAUGGAUAAUGCAGUUCCAUACAGUCUGAAGUGAUGUAUUCCCAAUGCAGAGAUGAAAUGUAAUCUGGCUGCUUUGUCAAUAUUUGGGACUCCUGGGUCCUUCAGUUCCGUGGAGGGUGCAGGCCAUCAUGCCAGGCCUGCAGCAGACGGGAGGCCCCCCUGUGCGGUGUCUGUGUUGUUUAUCUAAGCGGAGCGAGAGUAGACAGCACUGGCUCCAGGCUUCUGUUACUGCUGGCCAGGAAUGUGUUCCUAUAGCACACUCCAAACAAAGAGACCCCAACCUGUCCGCUGUAUUGAUCCACUGCAAACGGCCAACACAUUUACCACUUAGACAUGCGUCACUCCCUGACUUAUUCCCUUUUUUUCCUGCUAGAUUUGUCUCCCUGUCAGACAUCUUUUUUCCUUCCUCUGUUACCUUGAUCAUGCCAUGCACAUACAAGGUACAUGCCAUGUCAUACAUGUGUGUGAAAUGGACAUAAGCGCAUAAAGAGAGGCUUGUACACCUCAAGAAAAGGAGUGACAGACCCAUGCACUGCAUUGGGAUUAGGGUUCUAUUUAGUCCAGAAAGUUAAUCCUUCAGAAAAACCUGGAUGACUCUGCUGCUUUAGUGGCAGUAAUUCCAUUUUGCGUUCUCCUUCCCUCUCUAAAAUGCCCAGUCAUCAUUCGUUUGUGUUUUUUAAACGUUUCUCUGCCAUUAAAUCUCUGAAAAAGCAUAUUAUUCCAAGAUUAACUUUCAUAUUUUGCAUAUUUGCCUGGCACAUUGAGGUUUCACAACAGUCAGUGAAGGUUUCUGUAAGCUCAUGUUGUAACAGUUUGGUCUUGAAGAAAUGUUUUUGUUCUCUGUCCUCAGCUUCUUGGAGUUAAGCGUGUCAUUCUCCGUUAAACCAAAGGCAGGAGAGAAGGAGGUUUCUCCCAACACUUUCUUCACCAUUUGGCAUGAGUUUUCCACCGAUUUCAAAGACCAGUGGAAGAAGCAGAAUAAGCUGAUGUUAAAAGAACGGUAAGAAUACCAUAGAGAGAAGAGUUCUGCUUUAGAAACUUGCACGCUUUGACCCUAAAAACCAAAUCCUUCUGCAACAGAAUUUUUUUUUUUUUGGUCUUUUGAAACUACACCACUCUCUGACCUUUUCAGUGCUAUUUCUAUUAUGUUAAUGAUCCUGUAUUUUAAAAAUCUCCCGAGCAGAGGAACACGAACCAUUAAUAAAUUGCGGUGCAUCCCGUGUUCACUGAAGAUCCUAUCACAUUCAUCCAAAUUCAUGAAGGGGAAAGAGGUUAAAUGACCCAAAUCUGUGUCCUCACCACAGUAAUGAAAAGAAUACAUGGAGCAUCCAGUUAGCUUCCAGUGGUUUGAUGAAUUUAAAGAUACCGUUACAUAUGUCAACAACAAGCAAAUUGGUCCAUUAUGCUGAUGAAGAUUGAAUUGUGAUAUGUAUUUGCAGGAGAAGCAAAAUGUCACAAGCAAUGCUUUUUCAGUAGGAAAGAAUAAAACCAAUUUGAAAGCAUUAACUCUUUGCCCUGCGCCACUGGCAAUCGUCCCGAUUCUCUUUCUGCUGCUCUUUCUGUGAGACUCCCGUUGAGCUAUAAAUAUUCAUCCUUGCAUGUGUUCUAUGCACAUGUAAGCAGGCAGCGCAGGCACACACAGUGCUCAUGUUAAAAGCUGUUCUUGCUGAAUGCCAACCUGUUGAUCAUUAGUCUUUUAAAGCACCAAUAAGUAGUGAUGCUGCUGGUCUGCUCCACAUAGUAGUAAAAUCCGAGUGAGUCAUUUUAAACCAUAUGAGUGGACUUUUCCAAAUUCCUUUUUCUUUUUUUAUGUUCAAAAGUAAAUGACUGCUCUUUAAAUAGUUUGAACAUGUCUCUGUUGGGUGACUGAUGUUUAUUACUGUUUGUCUUUUUCUUUUUUAAGAGUCAAAAUGGCUGAAGAGUGCUUCAAACAGGCAAAGGAGAAGGCCUCGUACAAUGUGAAACCCAAGCACGCAACUGGAAUAGUACGUCCUGACACUUCUUGUCUUUAUUUGCUUUCAUGUGUGCUUUUAUUUGUUCAUUUUGUACAUGCUGCACCAGUCCUGUUUUUCUUUUCUCCCUUUGGUGCAAAUUGUCUCUUCUUCUAACGGCCUCUAUUUCUUACAAACACCUUAAGGGGUGUGGAAGAAACCGCACUCCUGGCUCCUGCAGUUACAGAUUGAGACCAGUGCCAGUGCUGUAAAUAACUCAAGCCUGUUUCUUCUCCCACAGAAAGCAAAGCUGGGUCAGAAGAUCUGA